AUGAAGCCUCAAGUCUCAUCCUCGCCUCCGCUAUCACCUCCGCCGCCGUCUUCGUCUUCUUCGUCGUCGUCGUCGUCGUCAUCACCGCCAUCGUCUCCACAGUCGCGCCAGCUACCGUCCGGGAGCGACGCACUAAAAGCGCCGCCAGCCGCCCCAUCUUGCCGGCCUUUAUUCUCGACGGCGGGGGGGCGCACGCCGCUCGGGCCUCCGCCAGCGUCUCCGCCAGGGCGUCCCGUAGCCCGCAAAAAUACGCCGGAGUCGGCCGCGAGAGGCUGCGACGCUGCACGGAAUAAUCCAUCUUGUACCUCCGUCAGCCGGGGCGCGGGGCCGACGCGCGGGGGAGAGCACACCAACUCUAGUGCUGCCUCUGUGCUUUAUGACGGCCUGAAGGGCGGAUCCCACGCCCAUACGCCCGUCAUAAUGACCGCCCUUUUGUCCACGCGGCCCGACGGCCCAAAGUCCUGUGCGCGGCCUCCGGCCCGAGGGUUACGCCGGCCGGAAUGUCGGGAGGCCUACAGGCAAGGCAGCAAGAGCGGCUCUGGCGGACAAGUGACAAUCAUUUGA